CGUCUCUGUUUGUACUUCUUCCGAUCACCUGACAAGUUCGCCGGAACAUAUACGCUCGCGUCUCUCUCUCUCCGCAGUUGGUAUCAGACAUGAGAGAGAGACGGCGAUAAGGAACGAGUUCUUCCACGAAGAGAGAGAGAGAGCGUGUUGGAAUUUGGAAAGCCUUAUAGCGAGAGAUUGGGAGAUAAUAAUGUCGUCGUCAAGCUCUCCCUGCGCGGCAUGCAAGUUCCUCAGAAGAAAAUGUACGCAGAAAUUCGCCUACGUCCACAAAGUUUUCGGGGCAAGCAAUGUGGCAAAGCUUCUAAACGAGCUCAGCUCUAACCAGAGGGAAGACGCCGUCAACUCCCUCUUCUACGAGGCCGAGGCCAGACUCCGUGAUCCGGUCUAUGGCUGCGUCGGCCUCAUCUCUAUCCUCCAGCACCGCCUGAAACAGCUUCAGCACGAUCUGGAGGACGCCAGGAAGGAGCUCGCUAGUUACAUUGGUCCUCAAGCUAUGCUUCCGAUUCUACAGCCUUCACCACCUUUCAUGGCGGCGCCUCAGCCACUGCAUCAACUUGCCCUCGGAAACCCGUCGUCCUCUUCAGCUGUAAUGGCGGCUCAACAUCACAAUAUGGUGCCUAUGAUGGCUAUUCCGACCGCACAGCCACAUGGGCAGUUGUUUCUGCGUGACCCUCAUCACCACCAAAAUCAGCAGCAGCAACAGCAGAUUUUCGAGGCUCAGCAGUUAGCAGCCGCAAUGUUGGUAAGAGAAGCGCAGCAGCCGGAGUUGUUUAGAACAUACGGCGGCGGUUUCGACUAUAACCAGAAUCAGCAAAACCAGGCUCAGGUUGAGAUUGUGAGGUUGAAUAGUGGGUUUGAUUCAGCGUCCGGUUCGGUCACGGUAACCGGGUUUAACCAGACGAGCUCUGGUGCCACGGUGUUGUCGCCAUCGUUGGCUCUCGGCAGCUUCGACGGUCCACCCAAUUAUCAGACCCAUCAAUCAGAACAGUUACACCACCAACACGAGUCUCAGCUUUUCACACAGACGCAGUCUGCUCAGCCGCGACAACAAGCGAUUGAAACGCAGACGCAGCCAAAGUCAGAGAGCGAGGAGGGAAUCGGUGCUAUCGCUCCAUCUUGUUGACAAGAGUUUUCAAUAUAAAGGAAGAAAGUCGCGGCCUUUCUCCCCCACUCGCUUGCCCUACAAUUCCAUUUUGCAAGUUGAAAUCUCUGACUUUGCUCAAGCGAACGACGAGAUUCGGAAACGGCGAGAGAGGAAUAUGUUUAUGCAGAAACAAAAGUCAGCGUUGUUUGGUUGAUUCCCUAUGCCUCUCCUUGAAGAUCUCGCCCCCGCCGGUUCCAAUGCCAUACUACGGUAUACACUUCUUCACUUCUCUCUUUACCUCUUUUAGGGUUUCUUUUCCUUUUUUUUUCUUUUUUCUUUUUGCAUAUGCGCAGCCAUGUAAAUCAUAAGUUGGGGAGCCCUCCCUUUGUUCUUCUUGCUUUCUAAUUCUGAAACCCUUUUUGUAGCUUUUACUAGAUUGCUUAAUAAUAUUUUCGUGCAACUUAAUUAUA